GACAACGACAUUCAGCAAAAGCCUCUCACGAUACGCUUCUUGCGAGCCACGCGAAAGGCACGAGAGCCGUACUUCACUCUGAAACCGAGCAGCCGCCGCUUUCCACCUCAUUUAUUUACCUUUUUAUUCAUUUGAUGUGUUUUACGGAAAUGGAGGCAAUCCAAAUGUCUCACGGUGCGUUUUAUCAGCCGUUUUCGCAGAACCUUAUGCCUUAUCAGAAACAGGACAGGGAGCGCAGCUCUCCACGCGCUGACUCUAAAGUGCUGAAGAGACAGCUCUCCAGCAGCCCGGAUCUGCUCAGGUGCAAGAGGAGGCUGAGCUUCAACGGACUCGGCUAUUCCAUCCCUCAGCAUCAACCCAUGGCUGUCGCCAGACGGAAUGAACGCGAAAGGAACCGAGUAAAGCAAGUAAACAUGGGCUUCCAGACUCUUCGCCAGCAUGUGCCGAACGGAGCGGCCAACAAAAAGAUGAGCAAAGUGGAGACGCUGCGGUCUGCGGUCGAGUACAUCCGCGCGCUCCAGCAGCUUCUGGACGAGCAUGACGCCGUGUCUGCUGUGUUUCAGUGCGGCGUCCCGUCUCCAACGGCCUCCAAUGCGUACUCAGCGGGGCCAGAGUCUCCUCAUUCAGCUUACUCCUCUGAUGAGAGCAGCUACGAGCAUCUCAGCUCUGAGGAGCAAGAGCUGCUCGACUUCACGACAUGGUUUGACAGAUAUUAAUCAGGUGCUUUGUGGACUGGUAAAGAUGGGUGCUGAAGGAAAGCACAUGCACAUGACACAUGAUGAUGCCUGCUGGAACCGAGAUCAAGAACUGAACGCUGAAUCAAACUCUGGACAUUUUUCAGCAAUAUGCUCAUGCACACAAAUGCAACACUUGUUUGCAAUGUUUGAACUACAGGGGACUUCAGGUGUGGGCAUUAAUCCACACAGAGGACAUAUGCUGACUUGUUUGAUUGUCACCCCACACUGAAUCAAUGUGCUUUUAUUGAAGUUAAAAUUAAAUGAACCUUCAAACUUUAGAUUAUGCCAACAAAACUAAUUUUAAGUGUUACAUCAGGUACAAAUAGCACCUUAGGGUAAUAACUGCAGGUUUCCACCUUGUUACAGUGCAUAGGGUGUCUCAUUAUUCACAACAUUGUUUGCUCUGUUUUUGCAAUAAUCUGUAAAUGUGAUUGAAUGGGAUAUGAAUGGUUACAAUCCUUCCAUUAUGUAAUAAUAAUGAGGAAAGCAGAGUUAGGGAAUUGAGUGAGGAAAAAUAGUUACAAGUCCCAUAUGCAGUGUCUGGUAGGGAAUACACUAACGUUACACUAGGCAGCCCAUAGGUAACCUGUAUGUUGUAAUAUUUUGUGCUUGAUGUGUGACAACCUUUGUACUGGAUGAAUAACUUUUCUAUCAAAGUGGGCACUUGUGUGUUUUUAUACAAACUUGUGUAUAUGCAAUUUUUUAUGAAGA